AUGAUCGUCUGGUGCUUCGGCCAACACCACCAGAUAUUGGCAUUCAGAGUGCAACAUGUCGACCGAAAUGUGCUAAAUCAAUAUGGCGUCCAUCGAUAUUUCUUCCUUGAAUCUUUUUUCUUCUUUUUGUUCUUCUUCUCUUCCUCUUUCUUUUUAGUUCCUACACUUUUUUUUUGGCUUCUUCCUUUCAUUUCUGCCUUACACCUUCCAUCUUUUACUGUUUCUCUCAUUCUUUCUUUUCCAUAUUCCUUCUUUCCUUACACAUAUUUUCUUUUUCCCCACCUUUUCUUCUUUCCCUUCUUCUUUUCGUCUUCUUGGCCCUCAUUCACCUUUUACUGUUACCCUGGAUCCUUUUAUUCAUUCUGCUGUUAUCGGUAUCGCUUUCCUUUUCUUCUUUUUUUUCUUUUCUCCGCUCUUUCUUUUGUUUGUUUCAUUUUUUUUGCCACUUCUUUCCUUCCUUUUUUCCUUCCUUCCUUUGCGCUUUUUCCAUCAUUCACUCUUUCUUUCUUUCUUUCUUUAUUUAUUUAUUUCUUUAUUUAUUUAUUUCCUCUGGUUUUUAUUCUUCCCUUCUUUCUUUCCAUUCUGGCUUUUUUAUUUACCCCCACUUUCCUUCAUAUUUGCUCCCUUUUUUCCUUCCUUUCUUCCUUGAUACAUUCACUCAUUUAUUCUUUUCGGUCGUUCUUCUUUCAUUUCUCAGCUUUUACCUUUUCAUCCUCUCUUUCUCUCAAUAUUUACUUCUUCCUUCCUUUAUUUAUUCGUUGCUUCAUUUUUUCUUUUUCCUUCCUUUACAAUUUCCUUCAUUUUUCUUCUCUUCAUUCAUUGUUCCUAUCGUCUGCUCCUUUCACCAUCCUCUUCCGCUUUUCUUCUUCCCCCCUCAUUUACUCGAUUUUUACUUCCUUUCUUUUUUUUUUAUUCUUUUCUUCCUUCCUCCUACCCACUUUUAGCUUAACAAAUUUCUUCACCAUUUUCUUUCAUUCUCUUUACUUGUUUCUUUAUACGUUCUUUCCUUCUUUUUUUCCGUUCUUUUUUUUUUUCCUUUUCCUCAUUACUUACUCUUCCUUCUUGUUUUUCCCUGUAUUUUCUUUCUUUCUCCCCGAUUCUCAUCUAUCUCUUUCCUUCAGUAUAUCCUUCUAUCUAAUCACUUCCUAUAUCUGUUCUGUAAUCCCCGCCAAGCGUUAG